ACCAACUUAACCUUAUUUAUUUCUGUUUACAUGUAAGUUAAGUGACCAAGUUUGUUGUUAGUGUGACUUUAUUUGUUCGUGAAAAUAACAAUAAACCAUGGAAUUUGAAGAAGAGAUGUUUGACGAUUUAAUUGACUCAUCUGGCAGUGAUGACGAUGCUGAGGAAAGUGUUGCGGUUGAAAAUAAUAAAAGAAAAGCACGACAAGAUAAACAGACUCUAAAAAAGGUUAAAUAUGAAGACAUAUCUCAACAUAGUAAUAAAAAGAACAAGAAGGAUUUGUUCAAACCACCCACUGUUGAGGAAUUGAAUGAACUAAAACAAACUGAAAACCUUUUUAACAACAACCUUUUCAGACUUCAAAUCAAAGAAUUAAUAACAGAAAUUGAGAUAAAAAACAAAAGAAAAAAGUUUAUUAAUAAUUGGCUUGAGGCAUUUAAAGAUUUAAUCAACAAUAUUAAGGAGUACGAAGGACAACUUUCAAAUAUAAAAAGUCAUUUGAAAACUAAAAAUAAAACAGAAAAAUUUUUAAGUCAACUAGCCAACAAAUAUGAUAAUUAUAUUAAAACUGAUCAAGAUGUCAGUUUAAAAUUUAAAAAGCCAAAAUCUGUGGAACCAUUUGGAAAUUAUGAAAAUAAUUGCUUGGCAGGUCCAAAUUUGGUAUACAAAGUUAACUUGAAGAUGCCCCAUGCAUGUUUUCACAUCAAAGACUUCUUAAAUAAUAGAUAUAUUGUUAAAAGGUAUUACUACUUGCUGUAUAUUGCUGAAGAAAUUUGUUCAUCCAACAUAAUAUCAAGCAUAAGUUUAAUUAAUCAUGAAGACAACCACCUUCUCCCAAUACUUAAUAUUACACCAACAGAUUGUGAUAAAGUGAUUAUACAAAUAUAUGCCACACCUGAAGAUGAAUAUUUUAAAGCAGCAAGAAGUUUACCUAAUCAAAAUAAUAUUAGAACUGAUUUGUUUGGUCAUUCCCAGAUUGAGAAUCUGGAAAAUUUAAAAAAAUCACCCACUUUGUUAUACAAUUGCACACUGGGACAUGACUUUACAUUGAGCAUAAAUACUAGUUUUAUAAAAUCAGUUUUAAAUGAACAAACAAAUAUCCAAGAAGGAAUAAAAUUAUUAUCUGUUUGGAUAAACCAGAGAGAAUUAAAUCAAGGAGUUGGUUCAUUUUCUGAAUCUGUGCUUUUAUACUUUAUUGUAUAUCUGACCACAAAAAGAAAAAUUAACAAUCAUAUGAGCAGCUAUCAAGUUGUUAGAAACUUUUGGAAUUUUAUUGCAAGCACUGAUCUACAUGAAACUCCUUACAGCAUAUGUGAUUAUGUUGCACCCGACGUUUUAAAUAAUUUUAAAGAUAAAUAUGAGGUAGUAUUGAUAGAUAGAAGUGGCUGUUACAAUGUCUUGGGUUUUAUGAACUACGAAUUCUACAAGAAAGUUAAAAAUGAAUGUGAAAUGGCACUGAAACAUCUAGAUGAUAAUAGAGUUAACUCAUUUCAAACUCUCUUUUUAACAAAGUUACCGUUCCACUUACAGUAUGACCUAGUGUUAAACCUGAGUAAUCUCCCAAAUUCUUUGGAAGUACCCAAUGAUGAUAUACAGAAAGCACAGUCAAUUGGGUAUAACCAUUUAUUAGUAAUAAAAACAAUAUGUGAUGUAUUAAAACAAGGUUUAAACAAGAGAGUACUAAAUUUAGUGCCAAAAAUUACAAAUGUUGGAAAAAAUGGGAUUCCUGAAAAAAUUUUCCUUGGAAUUAAUUUGGAUCCUGAUCAUGCCUUCAGUUUUAUAGAACAUGGACCAGCAUUGAAUGAUCACAUUAAUGCUGCAAAGUUUAGGAAAUUUUGGGGAUCAUUGUCUAGUGAUAGAAGAUUCCGUGAUGGAUCCACUAAAGUAGCUGUGUACUUUAAAACAAGAACAAUACAAGAAAAACGUUUUAUAGUGAAAAAAAUUAUUGAUUUUCUUUUGGGAGAAAAAUUGAAACUCUCAUAUAAAAUGUACUAUGAAGAAUUUGAAAAAUUUUUAAGAAACAAAAUUAUAUUUACUCCUUAUCCUCUGGGAACAAAUGAGGAAGCUAGUUUAAAAGUAAUUACUACAUCUGAGGAACUAAAUAAAAUACUCAGAGAAUUAAAAAUGUCUCUAAGUAUAACAGGAGUGCAAGGAGUAUCUGAUGUCUAUAGUUAUACUGACGUUUUCCCUCCUUUGGCUACCAACUAUGAAGUUGAAAAAGAUGUAAACUUUAAUAGAAAUAAUAUUGUGUUUUCUAACAAAAAUGAUGAAGAAAUUCCAAGAUACAUACAAUCCUUAGAUAAUGUUCUGCAAUUAGAGCACAGUUCAAAGUGGCCAAAUAAUUUAGAUGGAGUAAGAUACUUAAAAACAUCUUUUUACCUAGAAAUGUCCAAAUUGUUAAAAACAGAACAUAAAAUACUCACAAGUGUAAAAAAAGACUACAUUGAGGUGUUUUACAAAGGAUUCAUCUUCAGAUAUCGCAUUUAUGUACCAAAAGAAAUAAGUCUAGUGAAAAAGGAGUCUGAUAAUAAUGGCAUAACAUGUUAUAAGGAAACAUUGGAAAGCUUUAAUUUGGAUUUAAAUUUAAAUGUAUUGCCUAAAAUCAUCAGUGCACUCAAAGGGAUACAAGCUCAGCAUCCAAGUUUUGGGCCUGGUACUGCACUUAUAAAAAGAUGGUUGAGGUCACAAUUAAUUGAUGAGUAUCUGUUUCCAAAUGUGGUAAUCGACUUGUUAAAUGCAUCUUUGUACCUAUCAGGAACAUCCUUACUUCCAAAUACACCUCAAAUAUCAUUCCUUCGAUUUUUAAAAUUUUUUUCUGAGGCUCAGUGGGAUUUGCAGCCCGUCUUGGUGAAUUUCAAUGAUGAGAUUGAGAAGGAAGCAAUAACUGACUUGGAAGGAAAACUACAGCAAAAUAGAAGUGCACAUCAGCCACUUUACAUCAUAACGCCGUUUGAUGAAGGGCGGUCAAUUUUUACUAAACAUGCCCCUACAAAGGAAGUUCUAAAAAGGGUUCAAAGUCUAGCCACUGUGACAUUAAACUUUUAUAGCCAGAAGCUUCUUGAGGCUGAAGAGUAUGAUGUUAUGGUAAGAAAGAAGGCAAGUUUUUUAGAAUUAAAUGUAUCAAAUGGUUUAUUUCAGGAUUUAUUUACUCCAAAUUGGCAAGGCUACAACUUAUUAAUACAUUUGAAUUCUUCGGCAAAUCCAAGAGUUCAUGAACAAAUAAUACCACCCUUAAAAACUGGAAUAUUUGUAGAAAAAUAUGAUCCUAAAAAGAAAUCUAAAAUUCCUAUUACUAAUUUUAAUCCUGUUGAACUAUAUUUAAAAGAAUUAAGAGAAAAUUAUGGAGAGUAUGCCUCAUUUUUCUAUGAUAGUUUUGGAGGAAAUACUAUAGGUGUUUUAUGGAAUCCAAAGGUAUUUGAAACUAAAGAGUUUAAGGUGUCUCAUGUUAAUGGAAGAAAACUAGAAGAUGGAAAGCUAGUGUUUAAUUUAAAUGCUAUUGUAGAGGACUUUUAUAUUUUAGGAAGUGAUCUUGUUAACACCAUUGAAAUGAUGUAAUUUUUUCACAUAAUAAAUUUUAUGUAUUA